UUCGAUGGAAUUUUGAUUCCGGUGACCUGGAUGAAGUUGCCUGCUAUGUCAAAUGACACCUUAACUUAUGUCUAUUGCGAUACUGAAGCCGGUGACUUUUCAAAUGUUUUCAUUGAACGACGGGUAAGUUUUGGAAAACCUUUGCGUGAGCAGGGUUCGGUAGUUGCCACAGUGCACUUCCGAGGAAGAGAAAAAGAAAAGCGCGUGCUCACAGCCCGCCAUGAGGCAGAGGCAUUGAUCAAAAGAGUUGCUCUGCCUGACCUGUGUAGUGGAUGCGGCAUGAUACCUGUUGCGGGCAAGCAUACUUCAUACAAAAAUAGGUACUUUGCGGAGAAAUGCUUGCUGACCACUGAUGAAAAAGAGAAGUCAUGCUUCCACUGCAAAUAUUUACGGAGGCUCUCACAGAACAACAUGUACAGAAGAAAAAAGACGAACGAUGCUUGCCCUGACAAAACUAAAUACAAGAACCUUUCGCGUGCUUUGAGAAGAACAAAGAAGAGCCUGGGCAAUGCUCAGCAGCAAGUGACUCAAAUGAAGGAGCAAAACAGUGCACUUAGCGAAGAAGCUCUAGAGGCAAAAAUUCAGUCGCUCCCGAAGAAGCAGCAGCUAGCUGUGAGAACUUGUUUCCGGGCUGCAAGACGAAAGUCUCUCAAAGGCAUGACCUAUGAUGAUGAGUGGGUUGUUGAAUGCUUGCUCAUGGGGAUGCGAAGCCCGAAGCUCUACGAGCAUCUCCGGAAGCAAAGUAUUAUGAUUCGGCCUGGGCGAAGUUACUUGCAGAAAUAUCUACAACGAUUCAAGGGUGGCUUUGGUCUCAACAGCAAAGUUUUUGCGGCAUUAAGUGAAAAGACGAAAAGCAUGGACACCUUCAGUCGUCAUGAGGGCCUGCUUUUGGACGAGAUUAAGCUCUCGGAACAUCUAAAUGUGAAGGCAGCCGGUUACAUUGAAGGCUUCGUGGAUCUUGGGGACUACACAAACAGUAACUACAAGGGUGUGCUUGCAGACCACGGGAUGGUUGUGCUGUUUCAACCCUACACCGGUAAUUGGACACAAAUACUUGGCGUUUUUGCCUCGAAAGGCAAUGUUCAAACAGCUACGCUUGCAAAAAUCAUAGUAGAGUGCACCGUCCUGGCUGAACGAGCGGGCUUGUAUGUUGACUCCGUGACCUGUGACGGGGCCAGCUGGAAUCACAGCAUGUGGCGGAUCUUUGGCAUACAUGGUGAGCAAAUUAUUAAUUUCACUCACUUAGCAUUGUCGGCCUGUGUGUAG